AUGAAUACGGAAUGGGGUGUUUACCUCAUUAUAAUAAUAUAUUUUAUAUUGGCAUUAUGCGGCUUAAUUGGAAACAUAUGGGUUUUGUAUACUGUUACGAAGCAACUAUUAGGCCAUAAAAAAUAUUCAUCAACAUCACAAAAUUAUCGUUGGAUAUCAUCAUCAACACCACCACAAUCUUCUGCUUCUAUUUACCUACUUACAUUAUCUGUUGUAGAUUUAAUAUCAUUAUUAUGUGUACCAAUGCUUGCAAAUGAUAUUUUAAAUAAUAUGUGGCCAUAUGGAGGUAUUUUAUGUAAAAUAUUUUAUGCAUGUGAAGGAGCUAACAAAUCAUUAUCACCAUUAUUAUUAACAGCACUUAGUGUUGAUCGGUACAUAGCUGUUUGCCGUCCAAAUCUUGUAUGGUUAAGGCAAACUAAACAUUCAUUAGGAAUUGUUUUUAUAUGUAUUAUUACUUCACUUAUUUUUAUUCUUCAAGUUAUAUGGAAAUCAAAAGUUACAGAAAUGAUUGAUUAUAAUGGAAAAGAACAUUUAAAAUGUACAGUUAGAAUGACAGAAGCAUUUGAUGUUUUUCAUGCAAUAAAUUGUUAUAUUUUACCUUUAUUAGUUAUUCUUGGUGUUUAUAUAGCAAUAUUGAAUCGGUUAUAUCAUCAUACAAGAUAUAGUACUGUUGGAAAAAGAACAUCAAUUAAUUUAAGUAGAGUUGUUAGGUGUUCUGUUAUGGUUGUGGCAUUUUAUUUUAUCUGUUGGACACCUUAUUGGACUCUACGAAUGCAUGCUUUAAUAACAGGAGAUUCAGGACAGUAUGGAAAUAUAAAUAAGACAACUGAUAUCCAAAAUAGUAGUAAUAAAAUUUAUACAAAUGUAGAAAAUGUACUUUUAGUAAAUAAUUCAACAAUUUCAUCUUUUAAUAAUAAAGAAUCUUUGUUAAAAGAUAAAGUUAUUUCAAUUAUUCAAACAACACUUAAGACAUCCCUUCAAAAAGAUGAAGAUAUAUCUAUGUUACAAAAAGGAAGUAUCUCUGAUUUUCUUGAAAUAUUUUUUUUAUAUCUUCUUCAUGCAUUACCAUAUACGCAAUCAUCUUUUAAUUGGUUAUUUUAUGCUUUUUUAAAUCAAAAUUUACGUAAUCCUGGUAAAAGAAAUGGUUCACGUAAUGUUUUACCAAGAUUACCUGAUUCAGGUAUUGAUAAUCAAAAUCAUGUAAAUGAUGGAUAUACAUCAGUAAUAGUAGCAUGGAAAAAUUUUUCAUCAAAUAUAACAAGUAAUAUAUUUAAUUCACCUAGGCAUAAAAAAAAUGAUAAUAAUCAACAACCUUCAAAAAAUUGUGAAUCAUAUAAUCUUUCUCCAGAUAUAUGUACAAUGGAACGUGAUAGAAAUUACAAUUGUCAGGAGGAUUGUUUUAUCAAUAAUCAUAUGGAUGUUCACAAACCUUUUCUUAAAAAUUCAUCAUUGAUGAUACCAACAAAAUAA